AUUAUAUAAUAUUUUGGGGGUUCUUUUAAAAAAAAAAGCGCUUCUGUCCCGUGCCCUUGCAAUAAUAAUAAAAGGCUCGAGAGUUAAACCCUAGCUUCUUUCAUUUGGAUUACAGCAUCAGGUGCAGCAGGCGGCGAGGAAGAGCAGCGACAAAGCUAGAGCACCAUGGGUAUCGAUCUAGUUGCAGGAGGUAAGUCCAAGAAGACCAAAAGGACCGCACCCAAAUCCGAUGAUAUUUAUCUUAAGCUUCUUGUCAAGUUGUAUCGCUUUCUUGUUCGAAGGACUGGAAGCAAGUUCAAUGCAGUUAUCCUCAAACGUCUUUUUAUGAGCAAGGUCAACAAGGCGCCACUUUCACUCUCUAGACUGAUCCGUUACAUGCAAGGAAAGGACGGCAAGGUUGCUGUGCUUGUUGGAACUGUCACCGAUGAUAUUCGGGUUCAUGAUGUUCCGGCAAUGAAGGUCACUGCAUUAAGGUUUACUGAGACUGCAAGGGCCAGAAUUGAGAAGGCAGGAGGGGAGUGCCUCACCUUUGAUCAGCUUGCUUUGAGAGCACCUCUUGGCCAGAACACGGUUCUUCUAAGAGGUCCGAAGAAUUCACGUGAAGCAGUGAAGCACUUUGGUCCAGCUCCUGGUGUGCCCCACAGUCACACUAAGCCCUACGUUCGCUCGAAGGGAAGAAAGUUUGAGAAGGCUAGAGGAAAGAGGAACAGCAGGGGAUUUAGGGUUUAAGCUGAGUUUAGUAAUUAAAAGUGAACCUUUGUCUUGUCUGUCUGACAAUUCAAUUUUGCUUUGCGCUAUGUUUUUUCUUGGUCUUGUGUUACAUUAUAUGGAUUUUCGAAUUUGGAAUGGUUGAUGCUAGUUAUUUUGAUUCUACAUUUCCAUUUUAUAAAAUGGCAUUUAAUACUUUUAACGUA